GAACUCCCGCCCCGCUGCAUGUAAAUUACGUGUGACAUGUGAAGCUGCUGCUACCUUAUAUGGUGAGCACAGUAUUUCAGUACAGUUGGAUCUUGCCAAGCAUUCCGGGUCGCGGGAGGAGAGAGUGUGUGAGAGGGUGACUCUGUCUGUGGGAGUGUGUGCGUUAGUGUGUGUGUGUGUGUGUGUGUGUAUGUGUGUGACUAAGUGAGUGUUUUCAUGCGUCUGACAGAGGGGGAGUAACUGAGAGAGAGGAAGAAAGUUGAAGACAGAAGGAAAGAGGGGCAGAAACGAAAGACAGGGAGAAGGAGGCUCAGUAAAUGGAGGGAUUUUACUUGUCGAUGUUUAAAGUGGAGUAAACAGGAAGUGCCUUCCCUGAUGUCUGCUGCAGCUUCGACCUGCUUCUACAGCUGAAGCUCCACCCUCCCCUUCCCCCCGCCUCGCUCGCUUGCUGCCACAGUAACACGAAUACAAGGACAGCAUCAACACCUUCCCCGCAGCCUACGCUCCGACCUGCUCGUCCAUCCACCACCAUCACCAUCCAGUCCUCGCAGCCGGGCGCCAGCCUCAGCUCUCUUCACCAGACGGCCCCGCUGCCAACUUCCCUCCACCUGCUGACAAGCCUUACGAGAGCAGCCCAACACACCACCAGGCCCAAGCAGCAUCUCACCCACCCUGCCUUUAACCUUCGCCUUCAACCCUCAAAGCCUCCAUUCGGUCCUCAGUGUCCUUAACCAACCUGUAGCAGGCUACACCCAGACUUUCACCUUCGUUGCCUGCUUCACUGCACCUAACCAGAGGGCUCUCAGUUUGGCCUCUUCAUCUGUUUGCCUCCUUGGCCUGUGAAUGUUGUAGGUGAGCCUGCUCAGCAAGCAACACAGAGAGAGAAAAGUUAGGCCAAGAGCUAAGCCGUCUGCUGGAUAUAAACACUUCUCUUUGGUUGAUUGAUCAGGAAAAUUAUCCAGUAACAUUCAUCCUGCAACAUUUCACGUUGGAAAAGGAGCCCUCUCAAUCAACAGGAACUUUAUCGUGAUUGUUCCAUUUCAACGUCACAUACACAUAUCACAGACUUUAACAGCAAAAAACCCUUAAAGUUGUGGAUUAAAACACUAGUGGUACUUUAUUCACGCUUGAACAGAUUUCAACUCGGAAUAACUUUUUCCAUCGUGUUGCCAUGACGAUGAACAUGGCACACAUCCGCGACACAAAGUGGCUGACACUUGAGGUGUGUAGGGAGUUCCAGAGGGGCACGUGCUCGCGCUCGGACCAGGAGUGCAAGUUCGCUCAUCCGGCCAAGAGCUGUCAGGUGGACAACGGACGGGUCAUCGCUUGCUUCGACUCACUCAAGGGCCGUUGUUCCAGGGAGAACUGCAAGUACCUGCACCCUCCUCCCCACCUAAAGACCCAGCUGGAGAUCAAUGGCAGAAACAACUUGAUCCAACAGAAGAACAUGGCCAUGCUCGCCCAACAGAUGCAGCUCGCCAACGCCAUGAUGCCUGGCACGCAGCUACCACCAAUGGUGAGAGGACACACACGUAUGAACACACCACAGCUACUGCCCAUGCCCAUGUUCUCGAUGGCGCCAGGCCUGGCCACCAACGCCAGUGCAGCAGCAGCAGCUGCAGCCGCAGCCUUUAAUCCCUACCUGAGCCCUAUGUCACCAGGCUUGAUGCCCCAAGAGAUCAUGCCCAGCACCCCUGUCCUCAUGGCCUCCAGCCCCAACGUCAGCCAAGUCCCCAACGCUGCCGCUGCUGCGGCCCAGAAACUGCUGAGAACAGACAGACUUGAGGUGUGUCGGGAAUAUCAAAGGGGCAACUGCUCUCGGGGGGAGAAUGACUGUCGCUUCGCCCACCCCGCGGACAGCACCAUGAUCGACACCAACGACAACACCGUGACCGUGUGCAUGGACUACAUCAAGGGUCGGUGCUCUCGGGAAAAGUGCAAGUACUUCCACCCGCUGGCCCAUCUGCAGGCCAAAAUUAAGGCUGCCCAGCACCAGGUGAACCAGGCCACAGCCGCCGCGGCCAUGACUCAGUCGGCUGUCAAAUCACUGAAGCGACCCCUCGACGCAACCUUUGACCUGGGCAUCGCCCCUAGUGUCAUGGCUCCCCUGCCCAAGCGGGCAGCCCUGGAAAAGGCCAAUGGGGCCUCUGCCAUGCUUAACACCAGCAUGCUCCAGUACCAACAGGCCCUGGCCAGCAUGCAGUUUCAGCAGCAGACUGCUUUCCUCCCAUCAGGCUCAAUAUUGUGCAUGACACCUGCAGCCAGCGUUGUUCCCAUGAUGCACGGUGGUACUCCCGCCACUGUGUCUGCAGCCACCACAUCUGCCACAAGCCCCUUCGCAACUGCCUCCACCAAUCAGGACUCUUCCUUAUCAAAGUUGACUACCAACGAAUACAUGCAAUUGAUUCCAAUAAUAUCUGCAGAUCAUCUGAGUAGUCACAAGUACUUGACUCAAAUGUAGUUCCUCUCAAGAACAAUCAAAUGAAUGUGUGCUGGCACCGUCCAAGCCAAAAGAGUUCAGCCUUUAUGUAAAUAACCUUCAGAAUGUCAAGCAAUGGGACGAGGAGGGUCUGCCAUCUCUUAGCCGGUCCACGACGAUGGUCUCAUCACACGUGUAAACAUCAAAGGUGCAACACAUGAUCUGUGCCAUCUACCCACAUAUCAAUGUCAAGAAGAAUUUGUUGUCAAAUUCAACGUCCAGCAGGGAGAAGAGGAAAUCCUGGCGCCGGGGUCAGUGUGUCGUUCACAUUACACCUCUGUGUCCGACUAAAUCAUAGCACUCAAUUUGUUCUAAUUAUUAUCAUUACUGCACGCACAGAAGGUCAAGAGCGUGGUUGCAUUAAAGCAACAUCCAGUGCUGGUACGUUAGAAGACCAAGAUCUGUUUUUCCUUUUUUUUAGUUGUUGCUUUAUUUUGUUUUUAAUUGAUAGCCAUAUUUCAUAGUUUACAAGUGUAAUGCAAAAAUGCACCUUGAAUUUGAAUUGAAAUCUGAAAGGCACAAUGAUUUUAACAGGAAUUUUAAUCGCCAAAAGAAUUAGGCAUGUACAGUAUUGUGUUUUUACGGCUACUUGUGAAACUAGAUGUUGGAAUGAGGGUCUUGGACGUAUGAAUGUUCUGGGUAAACCAACAUACCUGUGUACCUUGAAAGCACAGCCAGGCUAGCUUUUCUCACCUUGUCAUGUGCCAUCAAGGCCAUACAGCUAAAACCAGAGUGUUAUCUCAGCAGUGUUAUUUGUUUACCGAAGGUAAAAGUUUUGUAUGGCUCUUUUUUGUAUUGUUUUGUUUUCAGAAUCUCCAUUGUGAGUGUUUUGUUUUUUUUCUACUUUUUAUUUCUCUAAUUAAUCAGUUUUAGAAGUGGGGUUCUCGCCAAUUAUUUUGGAUUUCAAUUUUGAUGUUUUUGUUCUGUUGAAAUCAGAAAUGGAGGGUUUUUCUAAAGUUUGUCAUACCUCUUUUCCUAGACUAGUGUUUUUGUUUGUUGGGAUUAAGUUGUUGCUCAAGUCCAUCGACUCUAAAGCCUGGUGAAGUUGAGGGUGUAUUUCAAUUGACGUUGUGUUACCUUGUUCUCCCUCUUUUAAAGAGGAGCGACUCGAAAAACUGUUUCUCCAAGAAGCACUGUUGAGCCAUGUAUUGAUGGGAAUUUAAAAACAACAGACCCAAAGGUCUAUUAGGUCAUUUAAACCACAUGUGCACUUGAAUGAUUGUUUGUCUGGUCACCCUGUUUUAAUAUCACACCUCAUCCUAAGCAAACUUUCGCUUCUGAGGAAAUAUAGCACAUUCUGUGUUUGUAUUUCCAAGAAAAACAUCAAGGUUCACUCUCACUUGUAGAUCUGACUACGGAAACCAAAGCACAGUUUUUUCUCUCAAUCAUAUUCACAAAGGGUUACAGAAGCAUCUAUCAAGAGGCUAAAUUAAGGUUUAUCAUCUUUCAUUCAUCUGUCAAUUUUAUGAUCACGUCCCUUUUCUGUUUUCACAGAGGUGUGUAGUGUGUCUUUACCGAUUGUAAUGUACCUAACGAAGCCUUAGAUUACAAUUAAUGGGUCCCAGCCCAAUCAAAUGUACUUUCAAUCACCAUGCAGGUAAAGAACACCAAUGAUGUUUUAUAGUUCUCUCACAUGCCGCUUAUGAUCUUUUAUUUUGUUCUUUCUCUCUAUGUAAAAGUAACAAUUACUCUCUUAAAUUUCAUUGAACUUCUGUGUUAUGUACUACUUAAGGAUUUGAAUCUAUUUGAGGUAUGUAGUUGUAGAUUUUUCUUUUAUUUUUUGCCUUACUAUAUAUUACUUGACAACAUUGAUAUAGCCGUUGUAGAUUUUGAGGUAGUAUGACAUUCAUAACUUUUUCAAACCAUAUAAAUGAUAAUGUGUUGAGUCAGUUUUAAAUAUUCACUUUCAUUCAUAUAGCUGGAUGUCUUUUUCAGAUGAUGUUACAUUAUCAGUUAAUUUUGUCGAUGAAAGACUUUUUUGAUACAAGGAAUGAGAUCAUUAUAAUUUGCUGCCACUGCAGCAUCUCUGAGCAGACAAAAAAACCUAAUGUUUAACCAACUUAAAUUUUCCUUGUAACAUGUCCAGAUCAUGUUUGAAAAUAUAUUGUAUUGAAAUAUAGAUUGUCCAUGUUUUAGAGUACAAAUUAUUUUCUACUGUAUCCAUUUCAAAACAGAUAUGUACUUUUGUUUGAAUAUUUCUUAAGUUUGCCCUGAAUGUCAGGCCAAAACGAGCAGUGAGAUUGACGGGUCUUUGGAUGUUUUGGUGGAGAGUGAGAUUAGGAGUGAGAAGGCAAAGACUUUUCCAGACUGGAGAGGUCAGAAAUGCUGCAGAUGAUGAGUUCUAACCUAAGGGACGAAGGUUGACUUUUUGCACUUCUGUAUAUAGUCAAAUGAACAGAGAAAAAAAUGUGUAUCAUAUUGAGAUAUUAUUUUGAAUAAAAAAAGAUCUAUAAUUAUAAGGAAUUUUGUUAGAUUAAUUUAAAUUCUUAAAUUAGAAGACCAGCUAAAAAAUUGCUUGCAAGGAAGGGCACUAGUUUCUUGGCCAAUGCAUUCAGAGAAAGCUAUGCGCUUUUUGUCUUAUUUUAUCAGUGGCUAGUGUUGCCAGGGAAUGUCGAAGGGGAAUGGAUAUCCCCGUGUCAUGCUAACUCCACCCCUCCUGUGGGAUGACAUAUCCAAUAAUAUCCAUAUAUCAUUUGUUAGACUUGGUCAUGCAGUAUUGCUGCUCCGAUGGUACAGUUGAAACAUACAACUUUCAAAAAUUUGUAUUCUAUUAUAGUUUGAUUUGACUGCAUGUAAAAGUACAAACAUGUAAACAAAAUAAACUGCGUAGUUAUGUAAAGAAAGAUAACACAUUCAGAUUACAGAAUACACAGUAAUAUGUUUUUUUCAAAUUAUACAUACAGUAGAUAACAUCCACAGUGGGGAGAAAUAAUACUUUGAAAACAAGUCAUCUUACUCUUGUGUGUUAAAAAUAUUUUCCAAGCAAACAUGUUAUUUAAAAAAAAAGAUCAGAUAUUAGCACUCAUCCACCCCAGAUACUUUCUUAUAGCCAUAUAAUUACAGUGGACACUGACUCACGGGAAGUUGUUCCUGCCAUCAUAGCCGUGCACUCAGCAGGUGAAGGCUCACCACACCAAAUGCAUAUUUGGCAAAUUAGCCUUUGAAAUGAAUGUAACCGUCACUGGUCAACAUGUUUCUGACUUGAGGCUGCUGUGUUUAGUUGCUACAGAACCAAAGCACCAUUUUCUCAAAAAACCGCAUGUUCAGUCUCCCGGCUGGAACCGUGGUUUCUCUUCCCUGCUGGGGGCACAUGUAUGCUUUGACUGCUUUUUACUUGUAAGUGCAACCACCAUUUAUGUAUUUGCUAACAGUUGCCACACAAUAA